AUGGCUCAUCCGAGGAGUAAGGUGGAGCAAUACGGUCUUGUGAACAUUCACAAUGGCCCCCGUCGCCUUCUCAAAUUGCCAGAGAACAGAGUACAGGUUAUCUACAUCUGCCGGCCGACCCAAGAACACCCCAAGAUCGUCGGCAUAAGUCCGGCAAGUAAGACGAUCUUCCCCAAGUUGGAUCCCCGGACACUCCUGGCAGAUAGACCGCAGCAGCGGGUCGAGCGCCAAAGCCAAGAGCGGCACCCGACGGAGCCGCCGUGGCAGGUCCAGCGCCGGCGGGAGGAUCAGAUCCAGAAUCCUGCGAGUGCGGCCGGAUGCGACGGCAAUGUCAGUCGUCCGAUUUGCGUUUGCCGGCCACUUGUGCAGGCGACACGCUCGGAGGAACGUCCAUCGCCGUACCGCUUGUCACGACAGGGUCCGUUUGACCCCAUUUGCCUCACACACAGCAUACGGCCACUGAUGACCGCAAUGUUGAGUGCCCUCCAGAUGCAGCAGCAGCAGCAGCAGCAGCAGCAGCAGCAGCAGCAGCAACAACAACAGCAACAAUAA